AUGCCAUGUUCUGUUAAUGAUUUAUUUGCUUUCUGUUGGACAAUGUUUGUUCAAGUCAAAGGUCACUUUCCCUCCAUUAGUGAUGAUCUUGUCAACUCUUACCAUUUACUGUUAUGUUGCAUAGAUUGGUGUUAUGCUAAUGCUUUGAUUGCAGGCCGUAAAGAUAUCCUCAAUCCCAACUUCAAAGGACUUCCAGAUAACUUCCAUAGCCGUGACUGGAAGCAUCCCACUGAGGCACCAUGUAUUAUGAAUAUCCUUUGUGAAAAGCAUAAUGGUUUGGUGGUUGAAUCCAAAACUAUCAAAGAGCACCAUUGGAAACCUCACCUAAAGCAGUUGUUUAAGAAAAAGUGUUUGAAAGGGAAUGAAAAUAAUUUAGCAUCAGUGUUGGAUGUUGGAAACUUUGAAGCCAACAGCAAAGCAAUAAAUCUUGCUUAUGAAGAAUAUGUGCUUAGUGUGGGAGACUUUGAUGAAAGAAUAUUUCUUGGAGAUGAUGCUGGGGAAGAGAUUGGGACGCCAAGCAGAGUAACAUCGGAUUUCUCUGAUGGGAUUCCUAUGGGCAGGAGUUUACAUCAGCAUCUUGAUGAGACUCAUAGUCUUGCUCCUUCUACUCCUCUCACUGGUAGACGUUACCUUAGAGAAAAGGACCCAAAUAUCACGCCCAUCUCAACUGCUACUCAAAGUGUAAGUCGUUUGCAGGCUUUGUUGUCUGGGCGUAAAACUUCACCAAGUGAAACACUCAUGGACCUCUUCAGGGAAUGUACCCGGAAUCCUUAUGAUGUGAUAAUAGAAAGAGUGAAAGAAAUGGGAAAUACAUUUUGUACUAAUUUUAUUCAGCACCCGUCAGACCAUCCCGGGGUACACAUUGAUUUUGCCAAGAAACGAUUGCAACUGGCUGAAAGUUUGUAUUUCAAAACCUUGGAAAGUAUUACUCUAGAUGAAAAGAAACGGGUUCAAGCCAAGGAAAAGAAGCCAGAUCUAACGGGAGUAUUGGAACAAGAUAUUUUCCAAAGGUCACUUUUUGCCUGCUGUUUAGAAAUUGUUAUAUUUUCUUAUAAUUCUCAGAGAACUUUUCCGUGGAUUGUUGAUAUUUUUGAGCUGACGCCUUACCACUUCUACAGAGUUAUUGAGAUGGUUAUCCGAGCAGAAGAAGGUUUAUCUCGAGAUGUCGUCAAACAUUUAAACCUUAUUGAAGAAUCUAUUUUGGAAAGCCAUGCAUGGAAAAAUACAUCUCCACUUUGGGAUGCAAUCCGAGAUCAAGAAAGCAUACCUACAUGUGAAGAAGUUUCUCUUCCAAGCCAAUUGGAGGGUGCUUCACAAUCUCCCUCAAUUCAUACUGGAAUACGGAGGUUGGUAGAUGAAGGAAGGCUUCAAAAUUCCAUACAGUCUCCCAGCACAUCCAUUGCUGGCAGGUUUUGCUCCCCAAACCCUGGCAAUGCUAGAAGGAAACUCUUCUGCUCUGGCCCCCCUACUCCUACUUCGGUUGCAACAGUAUCAACAGAAUCAGCUGCUGCUGGCACCAGUGGUGGAGAAGCCCAGAUGGCAACUGCAACUGCUGGUGGAGCUGCAGAUAUGCCAGCAAUUGCUGCACGUACCCUUGUGGCUGGCAACAAUGAAAAUACGGCUCCUGCAUCUGGUACGCACAUUAUCACCUUCCAGCCUGCAAAGACUGAUGAUGGCCGGCCGGUUUUGAUAUCUGUGCAGGCUCAGAUUGUUAGCAGCCCUCAGACCGCCAAUAUUACAGUACCAAACAGUACUAUGUUGACUUUGGCUCAGUCUCAGCCCAUCAAUAAACUCCCUACACCACAAAAACCCGCCAAGCCCAAGCGUACAGGUUCUCUAGCCCUUUUUUUCAGGAAGGUUUACCAUCUUGCCAGUGUCAGGUUGCGGGAUUUAUGUGACAAGCUGGGACUGAAUGAUGAUGAACUUCGCAGGAAAAUGUGGACUUGUUUCGAGCACACGCUUGUCCACCAGAUUCAUCUUAUGAUGGACAGGCAUCUGGACCAGAUUAUCAUGUGCUCAAUGUAUGUCAUAGCUAUCUGUAAUUUCUCUUUUUUCUCUUCUUCUCUUUUUUUUUUCUCUCUUUUCUUUUUUUCUCUUUUCUCUUUUUCUCUUUUUUUCUCUUUCUUCUUUUCUUUUUUUUUUCUCUCCUUUUUCUAUUUUUUUUUUUUUUCUUUUUUUUUUUUUUCUUCUCCUUUCUUUUUCUUUUUUUUUCUCUCUUUUUUCUCUCUCUCUUUUUCUCUUUUUUCUCUCUCUUUUUCUCUUUUCUCUCUUUUUUUUUCUUUUUUCUUCUCUUUUUCUCUCUUUUUUUUUUUCUCUUUUUUUUCUCUCUCUUUUUUUCUCUUUUUUCUCUUUUUCUUUUUUCUUUCUUUUUUUUUUUUUUUUUUCUCUCUUUUUUUUCUCUCUUUUUUUUCUCUCUCUCUUUUUCUCUUUUUUUCUCUCUUUUUUCUUUCUUUCUCUCUCUUUUCUCUUUUUUUUCUCUCUCUUUCUUUCUCUUUUUUCUUCUUUCUUCUUUUUUCUUUUCCUCUUUUUUCUCUCUUUUCUCUCUUUUUUCUCUCUUUUUUCUUUUUCUCUCUCUUUUUUUUCUCUCUCUCUUUUCUCUCUUUUUCUCUCUUUUCUCUUCUCUUUUCUUUUCUUUUCUCUUUUCUUUUUCUUCUCUUUUCUCUUUUCUUUUCUCUCUUUUUCUUUUUUUUUUCUCUUUUUUUUUUCUUUCUUUUCUCUUUUCUUUUUUUUCUUCUUUUUUUUUUUUUUCUUUUUUUUUCCUUUUUUUUUUUUUUUCUCUUUUCUCUUUUUUUUUUUCUUUUCUUUUUCUCUUUUUUUCUCUUUUUCUUUCUUUUUUUUUUCUCUUUUUUUUUUUCUUUUCUUUUUUUUUUUUUUUUUUCUUCUCUUUUUUCUCUUCUCUUUUUUUUUUUUCUUUUUUUUUUUUUUCUCUUUUUUUUCUCUUUUCUUUUUUUCUCUUUCUUUUUUUUUUUUUCUCUUUUCUUUUUUUUUUUUUCUUUCUUUUUUUCUUCUCUUUUUUUUUUUUUUCUCUUUUUUCUUCUUUUUUUUUUUUUUUUUUUCUUUUUUUUUUCUUUUUUUCUUUUUUUUUCUCUCUUUUUUUUUUCUUUCUUUUUUUCUCUCUUUUUUUUUUCUCUUUUUCUCUCUUUUCUUUUUUUCUUCUCUUUUUCUCUUUUUUUUUUCUUUUUUUUUUUUCUCUUUUUUUCUCUUUUCUCUUCUUUUUUUUUUUUUUCUUUUUUCUUUUUCUUUUUCUCUUUUUUUUUUUUCUUUUUCUUUUUUUUCUUUUCUUUUUUUUUUUUUUUUUUUUUUUUUUUUUUUUUUUUCUUUUUUUUUUUUUCUUCUUUUUUUUUUCCCUUUUUUUUUCUUUUCUUUUUUCUUUUUUUUUUUCUUUUUUUUUUUUUUUUUUUUUUUUUUUUUUUUUUUUUCUUUCUUUUAUUUCAGUUAAGAAAAAAUUUCUUUUUGUUUUUUUCAAGUAACAAGGUAUCAGCUGAUCCACCCCAAUCAUUCCAAAAUAUAAUGAGGUGUUAUCGAUUACAACCACAAGCUCAGUCUCACGUUUACAGAAAUGUGCUACUCUCUUGUCGUAGACGUCGAACUUCAGGUAGCAGUGACAGCAGCAAGAAUGGAACCAGUGCAUCCUCCUCUCCAGUCACAGUUGAGAAAGAGGAUCCCAAAGAAAAAGACAAGCGAAGAACAGAGACUCUAAAUAUCCGCUCCACCAGCACACUACCAGUGCCUCACCCAAAUAGCCAACCUCCCACCCCAACCAAGCUGAUUGGCAUGGGACCAACAUUUGAAAUGGGAGAAGAACGAGGGGAUUUGAUUCAAUUUUAUAAUCAGGUAUAUGUAAAAAAGAUGAAGAAGUUUGCUCUGAAGUUCUCCUCAAACCAAUCAGCAGAUAUUCCCCCAUUAUCUCCACUGCCCGUGGUACGAUCUCACACCUCCUCACCACGGAGAGUGUCCAGCAAGCACCCUGUUUAUAUAUCCCCUCAUAGGUGUGGCUCUGUAAUGACCCCAAACAAGAUGAUGAAAUAUUGUUUCCGUAGGAGCCCAGCAGAGGACCUGUUAGCAAUAAACAACAUGAUCAAGGCUGAGGAGAAGAAAGCUCCUGGUAAACGGUAUCUAGACAUUGAAGAAGACGACAUUGGCUGCAGUCCAGCCAAGCGGAUUGUGUUGAUGAAACGUUUGCAAGAUGUGAACAAAGAUCGCCAAAAGGAACAGAAUGGUACAGCAUGA